UUGAAGGAGAGGCAAUGGCGGGGCGGCUGUCGGAGUCCGUUGGGCCCGUGCCGGGCGCCGAGGCCGAGGAUGCGGCCGAUUCGAACGCGAAGCGGGACGUCCUGGAGCAUCUCUGCGUGAGGACGCACCUGAAGCAGCUGGCGAUGGAGUUCAGCACCGCCUGCCCCCACAGUGAAGAGUGCAACAAUGGUAUGGAGUUAAGCUUCGUCGAAAGUGGCAAAGAAAGUUUGGAAGAAUUGGGGAAAGUAAAAACUGCCUUUGAAAGCAAAGCAUUAGCCUUACGAAGGAUUCAGCUUACGGAUGCUCUGAGAAAGAAAGUUAAACAAAAUGAUGGUUGCACACGACUAAUUAUGGAAAGAAUGAAAGACAUAAUCAAGCUCAACUGCGAAAUAUUUCAAGCUCAUCAGCAAGCACGUGUGAUUAGAGAGAAUUUGAAUGACAUUAGAAGGAGAAGAUACCUUCUGAAACAGGCCGAAGGAGAGAAGGCGCUGCGAGUUUCUACCACAAUGAGGAAAAAAAAGGAAGUAGCAAGAAUGAAAAUCAGUGAAAAGUUGAAGUUACUCCAUAGGAAUGUACAGUAUGAAAGGAAGGUGAUUGUGUUAAUUCAGAAUAUACUCCAGAAUAUCAUAGUUGGAUGCCAAGUCAACUGGAUGAAAGAUCCAUCCUUAAAAGCAAUUAUUCUACAGCUUGAGAAAGAUAUCUCCAUUCAGAAUCUCUUGUAGUCGGCAAGAUGGUGUUUAAUUGUAGACUGUACUUACUUAACACAUUGUAUCUUAUUUAGUGAAAUCAGCCUUUCAAUAUGAGAUUUCAACCUUUCUGAAAUUUCUCUUAUCUACAGACCCAGGAUGUAGCCGUGCCACUCAUUUUUCCAAAAUGAUAUUCUAACUUGGUAGAUAACAGAUGUGACAAUACCUAUUGCAUAGCUGACUAAAGGAGCUGAAGAGUGAGCUUGAGCUGUGCUAUGCCAAGAGCUCAUUUCCCCAUGAAAUGUAGCAACAGUACAAGAAAUAACCUGUGUGUUACGAUCACUUAGGCAGAGGGGCUGACAGUGCAGCCCUGCCACCAACCUGCACAGAGAGGUGCCCGUGUGGCCCUGUGCCACCAGGCUGUGGGCACCACGGCCCAUGCAGAGCUCAGGCUGCACAACUUGCUCCUAACCUCAUUUUAAGCUCUGGACGUUUUCUGUGUGCUCUGAAGUGUGUUUCUGCACUGCAAUGUGAUUAGCUAGGUGGAGCACCCGCUGCUGCGGCGGUCCCACCUGGAAAACUGGACUGAGGUGAGGAGAGCGGCUUCGCGCGUGCGAGCAGCGCCCCACCUUCAACGCUGCCGUGCCUGACCUGUACUCGAUCGGCUAAACCUGUCUGCGUCUAACGGCCUAAAUAAAGAUGACUUUCUGCUA